UCGCUAGAAGUAAUAUUCUGUGUACUUCUCCGAAAUCGAGAAGACAACUUUUAUGUAAGUUUCUGAUUAAUUCAGUGUCACAAAAUUUUGGAAUCUUUACUUUAUUGUAACAAUACAAUUUAGAUAGAUUAUCACAUGAAGAAAUUUAGGCAAUGGCAUCACCCCAAAAUAUUUCGGUGGAACAAAUGAGAGCUAUUCUCGAUGAGAUAGUUAAUACCUUGGAAUCGCCUGAGUACUCAUCCAAGUUGGAUGAAGCAAAAGAAGCUGCUGGUAAUGAAAUGUUAAAAAUGAUGCAACUAGUUUUUCCAAUGGUAGUACAAAUAAAAAUGGAAACUAUUAAGCGUCAUGGAUUCACUAGUUCUAGGGAAGGUAUAGUACAAUUCACUCAAAUGGUGCGUGAGUUGGAGAGUGUUGACGGUGAAGUUGCUCGUCUCCACAGUCUUAUUCGUAAUCAUUACCUGCCUCCAGUCUCAAUUAGCUCUACGGUAGACACAUCAUUAUAAGCUGAAA